AAGUGUGUUGACUAGUGUCAAUAAAUGGGUAUGUGUCAUCUUUUGUACGUGUCUGUCGGUUACACGCAUUUGUCAUUAAGUUCUCGUCAGAUCUGUAAAGGCAUCCCGUGCAGCUUUCAGCGUUUCUCUGGGGUCAUUGCGGUUAGAGGACUGAACGGCGGUCAAAACUAAACGGGCAGAUCUGGAGGAGCGCAGGAUGGGUGCGGGAGACGGGUUUCUUGCCCCGGUAGCGGUGAUCUCGGCUGGGUUAUUGAGUGUCCUGGGCCUUCCGUGGUUUUGGACGUUGCUGGCUCUUUUAGGAGUGUAUUUAUGUUCUGGAGGAUGGAGGUUUCUCUAUGUGGCCGCAUGCACCAUCAAGAGAGACUUUGUUGGUCUGCAGGUACUGCUGCGUGUGAAAUUCUCCAUCCGUCAUUACAUUCGUACGCGCAGCACCGUCCCGUCCAUAUUCGCCCAGAGGGUGGCGCUACACCCAGACAAACCGGCUCUGGUGGAGGAGUCCACAGGCGAGGUGUGGAGCUUCUCGGAGCUGGACCGGCGAUCUAACGCUGUGGCGCAGUGGGCCAUCGCACAGGGCUGGAGGUCGGGCGAUGUGGUGGCCAUCUUCAUGGAGAGCCGGCCGCUCAUGGUGGCGCUGUGGCUCGGACUGGCUAAAGUGGGCGUGGAGCCAGCGCUCAUCAAUUUCAACCUGCGACGUGAUUCGCUAAUGCACUGUGUGGGCGUGUCCGGAGCGAAAGGGAUGGUGUUUGGGGCGGAGCUCCUGGACGCGUUGUUGGAGGUGAAGGAGUCUCUCAGCUCUUUUUCUGUCUUCUGCACCGGUUCGGCUCCGGCCGAGUCUUUGGAUUCGUUGUCAUCUCACAAUCUGGAUGUGCUGCUGUCUUCGUCUGCUGACACACCGCCCGCUGUCACGCACAACAAGGGCUUCAACGACAGGUUAUUUUACAUCUACACCUCAGGAACAACGGGUUUACCUAAAGCUGCCAUUGUGGUUCACAGCAGGUACUAUCGCAUCGCUACGUUUGGAUAUUACUCCUUCGGUCUGCAGCCGGAUGAUGUUGUUUACUGCUGUCUGCCGCUCUAUCACUCCGCAGGUAACAUUUUAGGUGUGGGUCAGUGUCUGCUGCACGGUCUGACGGUGGUGAUCCGACAGAAGUUUUCCGCUAGCCGUUUCUGGGAUGACUGUGUGAAAUACAACUGCACGGUGGUCCAGUACAUUGGUGAGAUCUGUCGGUAUCUAUUAUCUCAGCCGGUCCGUUCGUCUGAGUCUCGUCACCAGGUGCGUGUUGCCAUGGGCAAUGGCCUGAGGCCCAACGUUUGGGAAGAGUUUAUGAAACGUUUCAACGUCAAACGCAUCGGUGAGUUUUACGGAGCCACCGAGUGCAACUGCAGCCUCGCCAACAUGGACAACAAGGUGGGGGCGUGUGGCUUCAACAGUGUGAUUCUGUCCAGCGUUUAUCCCAUCAGACUGCUGAGAGCAGACGAGGACACCAUGGAGUUAAUACGGGACGGUCGAGGACUGUGUGUCCCGUGCAAACCAGGAGAACCAGGGAUUAUCGUUGGCGAAAUCAAUUCUCACGAUCCUCUGCGUCGUUUUGAUGGCUAUGCGAAUCAAGAGGCCACCAGUAAAAAGAUCGCUCACAACGUCUUCAAAAAGGGAGACUCGGCGUAUGUGUCAGGUGAUUUGAUGGUAAUGGAUGAGUUUGGUUACAUAUAUUUCCGGGACAGAGGUGGAGACACGUUUCGCUGGCGGGGUGAGAACGUCUCCACCACUGAGGUGGAAGGAAUCCUGAGCUCUCUGUUGAAUCAGACGGAUGUAGCCGUCUAUGGCGUCUCAGUGCCAGGUGUGGAGGGGAAGGCAGGAAUGGCUGCCAUAGCAGACGUGACGAAUGACUUCAACUUUGAGACAUUUCUACGAGAUGUGCAGAAAGCUCUUCCCUCAUAUGCUCGCCCUGUCUUCUUACGACUUUUACCUGAGGUCGACAAAACAGGCACAUUUAAAAUCCAAAAGACUCGCUUACAGAAAGAGGGAUUCGACCCACGACAAACCAGCGACCGGCUUUACUUUCUCAACAGCCGUUUGGGCCGUUACGAGAGUCUGACAGAGGAACUCUACAACACCAUCAUGCAGGGAAAAGUAUCGCUAUAAGAAAGAGAGAUAGUGGGGUAUUGAUACAGUUUAUUUUACAAAAUCAGCUAGAUAACUGGACCACAAUCAAGCUCAUACUUUUCACACUGUUGAGUUAGUACUACAACUACAAGUUCUGCCUUUCAUGUUGUUCGAUAGAUAAACAAGUAUUUCAAUUCAGACACAUCAGUAACGGUCUGUUAACGUGAAAUUCGUUUUAUUAUUCCAGACCUCAGACAUGUUAGCAAUAAUGCAAUGAACUCACUUUGUGAGUAGCUGAACUAAACAGAAAGGUGCUUUACAUGAUUUUUUGUUUUUUUUAAUUGCAUAAAAUGUCUUUACUGCCUGAUGGAUAUCACUGGAAUAGGUUUCAUGAGGUAAAUACACUACUGUAAAGGACACAAACUGAGUCAGGGAAUCAGUGUGAUUAACCAGUCAGUCAGAAGCAGCUGCGUCUGUGUUUGGGUUUGCUGGUUUUGGACAGGUUUUCACAUUCAGCUGCCAAUGAGAACAAAUAGAUUUCUCUGGGUAUUAUUGACUUAUUUCUCUGGAAGUCACUUACAGCAC